GGCGAACCAUCAUCGACGAUGGAAUCCCGACCGCAAAUAAGGUCGAAAGAAUAUUCAAAGGAGCGAUAGCGAUGGGUAUACCUGGCAUACUCAAAGAAAUCGGCAAAGGCGAGCGAGUAGCCCUGGCACGGCUUGCCGUCGAACAUCUCGAGCGAUCUAAGCGACCACUCAGAAUUGCCAUCGAUGCAGCAAUUUGGAAUUUUCAGACUCAAGCCGGUCAAGGUGGCAAGAACCCUGCACUAAGGACGUUGUUCUAUCGCCUUGUUAAACUACUUGCUCUACCUAUCGAUCCGGUCUUCGUGUACGAUGGCAAGAAUAAACCUCUCACCAAGCGAGGCCGGACUGUCUCGCGGUAUGGCUCCUGUAUCUCAAAUGAGAUGUCCAAGAAACUCAUCCAGGCCUUCCGUUUCCCCUACCACACAGCCCCUGGUGAAGCCGAGGCCGAGUGUGCUAGGUUACAGAGCAAGGGGCUGGUUGACGCCGUCAUGAGCCAGGAUGUUGACGCUAUUAUGUUUGGCUCGACUCUCACGUUAAGGGACUGGUCCAAAGAAGCCUCCAAGCACAACAAGUCGCCUACUCAUGUCAAUGUGCUUGAUCUGCCUAGGAUAAAGUCCCUGUCUGGGCUGGAUCCGGAGGGAAUGAUCCUGGUGGCUUUGUUGAGUGGUGGCGACUAUGAUGAGGCUGGUGUUGCUGGGAUUGGGUCGACGCUUGCAUGCGAAAUCGCACGAGCCGGCUUUGGAAGUGACCUGCUGGAACUGGUACGAAAGAGCGAUGAAGAUGGCAUACGAGAGUGGAGAGAAAGGCUUCAAUUCGAGCUUGAGACGAAUGAAAGCGGCUAUUUCAAGGUAAAGCGGAAAUCAAUCCAAGUACCAGAUACCUUCCCUGAUCGCAAGAUCCUGGGAUACUACUUGAACCCUGCAGUCACACCUGACGACGAACUGCCGAAGCUGGAAAAGACGUGGACAGAGGCAUGGGAGUCUGAAAUAUGUAUUGCAGACAUGCGAGCAUAUGUCCGCGAGACAUUCGAAUGGGACUACAAGCCUGGAGCUUGGAAGUUUGUCCGGGUCAUGGCACCAGCAUUGCUAGCCAACCGAUUACUCCGGAAAAGGCAGUCUCCUGUGGGCUCGGCGGAUCAGAUCACUGAGCGAAGGAAACACUUCGUUAGCGAUGGGAUUCCUGAGCUUAGGAUUACUAUGAUCCCAGCAGAGAUCGUCGGUUUGGACUUGGACGCAGAGGAAGACAGCCCAGAAUAUCUGGAGAGGCUUGCUGCAGAGGAAGAGGCUCAGGAUGUCGCCGAGGACGGCGACGAAGAAAGCGUCGAGAAUGCGCCUGCCAGUCCUUCGAAGAAGCGGAAGACUGCUCCAUGGCUACCGGAUGCCCCAGAGAAGGUAUGGAUCGCUGAGACGAUAGUAGAGAUCGGCGCUCGAUAUCACCUUGACAAGUGGCGGCGGAUACAAGAAGAGACUGCAAACGAUCCGAAAAAGUUCGCAACUCGGAAAUGUCGGAAGCAAAAUGAGACACGAAAGGGCAAAGAUACAACAGGUGGCAUGACAAAAGGUGCACUGUUGAAUUACGUGGUGACGUCGAAACCAUCUAGCCAUGCAGCUCCGGCACGGAAGAUCAGGGGUGAUCGAUCGCCUUCCUGCGUCAAUGAUGCCGCUGCUUCGAGAGAAGUGCCCAGAACUCCCACAAAGCCGAGUUCAAGUAGGUCGGGAAUUACAAGCUCACCUACUAUGCGCGCCUUUCUCCAAGUCAGCAAAAGUCGCGAUCCAACGAAGAUUGCAGAUGACCCUUUUCUUGGGCCUUUGGUGCCAGUGGUACAGAAAAAUUCCAUGGAGGAACCCAUAGUCAUCGAUUCAUCCCCAGUGCAUCCGACACUCGAGCUUACACGAGAAGUGCCCGCCGCUCUUGAGGCAAUUUCCCAGACUGCAGAGGUCCCAGACACGGUGACGCAACGCCGGACUAGGAAGCCGGCGAAGAUAUCGCGCACUUUGGUACAGCCUGAUUCAGCAAAUAGUUUGCGUGAAUCAGUCAACAACAGUCCAACCAGACCCAAGCAGUCGAUCAAAAGUUUCUUUGCCCCAUAUAUUUCUGCAACUCAGCAAGAGCACAAGUUAGCAGAAGACUCGUCAGAAGAAAAGCCGACCGAUUUGAUUGUCAUACCUCCGGAACUGACCACGGGCCUGAAGACGAGCUUUUCUUCGAGACAUGUCCGUGCUAUGCCUCGCGACAGCCUGCCAGGGUCGUGGAAAGAAGUUGGCAGCGGAGCGACCCCGAAAGCAGCAGCGGACCCUUCGAGGAUGUCACGUCCACGAGUCAGCAUAGUCGAUUUGACUGGUGACUGAAAGACGUCGGGACCUGUUAAGGCCUCUUGACUUUCCAGAAGUCUUUGUUUUCGAAGAAAGUUUUGCUGCGAGUGAUCUCGAUGGCCGCAGCCUCGAUGGUGGCAAUGGCGCUCGGCUUCUCGAUGCGGACUUUGGCGACAGUAUGGCUGUAGUUCAUGGUGACAAUCUGUGCUACUGCAGAUGCGAGUGCCUCGAUUGUAUGAUAUGACGAGCCUUUUACUCUCUAUGUGUAUCAAAGGCGUCAGUGACUGGAACCGGAGGGAAUUGGAACAUUGGACUUACGUCGAUAACUUCUUCGACCAUAUCAUGUAGCUCAGCAGUAUAAUGCUCCUCCGUAGGCUCAGGACCAAGGGCGGUGGUUAUGACCGGGAUGCUGAUAUCAAUGGAUAAUGAUUGUUUGUAGAGCCGCUCAUGUGGGUUGACGCCAAUAAUGCAACUGCAAGCGAUUCCCUUGAUAUCAAGAGUCAAAUUGGG